AUGACUGAGGCCCCAACCACCACAACAACAGCCAAGGCUGUCAGCAGUGAGGAAUCGAAUGAAAGUGAUGAAGUUACCUUUAAAAUUUUGGUAACCCACCCUGAAGUUCCGCAAGAUGCCUUGGACCUGAUGAGUACUUCGUGCAAAUUAAUUAUGUGUGAAAGUUUGCCACCCAAUCGCACAGAAAUUUUGGAAAAAGCCAAGGGGGUACAUGGCAUGUUUUGGGGUUCCCAUGUUCCCCUGGACAAGGAAGUUCUGGAUGCCGCCGGGCCACAAUUGAAAUCCAUUUCCACUAUGUCCGCCGGUAUUGAUUAUGUUGAUGUUGAGGAAUUGAAGAAACGUAAAAUUCCCCUUGGCCAUACACCGAUUGUGUUGAGUGAUGCCGUUGCUGAUUUGGCCAUGGGUUUAAUGUUAUCUGCUGCCCGCAGAUUCCAUGAAGGUCGCACUAAAAUUGAUAGUUCGACAUGGGAAAAUUAUCACAUUGAAUGGAUGUGGGGUCAAGAGAUUCGUGAUUCGACUGUGGGCUUCUUUGGUUUCGGCAGCAUUGGUCAGGCCAUUGCCAAACGUUUGAAGGGUUUCGAUAUUGAGCGUAUCCUCUACACCACACGUCGCCCCUUGGAAAAGAAAUUGGAAAAACAAUUCAAUGCCGAGAAGGUACCCUUCCAUGAGCUGUUGGGCCAAAGUGAUAUUUUGUUCAUUGCCGCACCCCUAACACCUGAGACGCAGGGUAUUUUCAAUUCCACAGCCUUCCCGAAAAUGAAGAAGAAUGCUGUCUUGAUUAAUAUUGCCCGAGGACCCAUCAUCAACCAGGACGAUUUGUACACCGCCUUGAAGACAAAUCAAAUCUUUUCGGCCGGUAUUGAUGUCAUGUAUCCCGAACCCUUGCCAGCCAAUGAUAAGUUAUUGACAUUGCCAAAUUUGGUCAUUACACCGCACAUCGGUUCGGCCACAAAGCGCACGCGUACCGACAUGGCCAUAAUUGCUGCUCACAAUGUCUUGAGAGGUUUGGCUGGAGAGCCAAUGUUGUCGCCGGCAUAUUAAAUACCAAA